UCAAGCUGUAGUAAGGAAGAAAAACGAGAGAAGAAAGAAGUAGAAGAGCGAUGCUUGUUCAUAUAGACAGUGUGUCUGCAAGAAGCUCUUAUUGUUUAAUCGUAUGACUCCAGCUGUUACAUUCAAUGGAGCAGAUUUAAAUGACACUUGGUCAUGGCUGAGGAACAAGCAGAAAUCAAGUUACUCAGAAGCCAGAAGGCAAAGCUAAUAGAAAUUCUAAGCACAGACGCUGACUUCGUCCUGCAGCAUGCAGACUCUUGCAGUCUGCUGUCUCGUCACGGCUACCAGCAGGUCAAAGCUUGCCGUUCUCCUAGUGAGAAAGUGACAGAACUGCUGGAUCAUAUCCUCCAGAGAGGGCCUGAAGCAGUAACGGGUCUCCUGAAACUACUGAACAGCGAACCCCUGCAGGAAACUUUCCCAAUGCUUAGUUUUAUUAAGGAUCUGGAAGUCCACACAGUGUCUUCAGGAGAAAAAGAAACAUUUCCAGUUCCUGAGACCAUGCCGUCCAAAGACAUCUGCAACAAUGGUUAUUGCUUAGUGACGGAGAAACAGCUGAUGACCUUGGCACGUACCAUUGGCAAAACUUGGAGGGAGAUUGGCAGAAUGGCUCUAGACAUCCCCUCUGUGAAGCUGGAACAGUUUGAAUUGGACAAUUCGCACCAUGUUGAGCAAGUGUUUGCCAUGUUGCGCUACUGGCGUAAUCGCCAGAGGGAGAAGGCCACUGCUGCUUCUCUGCACUCCCUGCUCAGUCAGGAAGACUAUGCGCUGCCACCUGAAAGCAUUGACUUUCUGUUGAGAGACUGAAACCCUUUUUGAAGGGUUUUUCCUGGAAAUUAUUGUGUUUCUCAUCAUAAAUCAUGCCGUUUCAUAUCAAUAAAAAUCAACACUUGACAU